AUGGACCGUCCAUCAAAGCGACUGAAAGUGUCGCCUGAAAAUGUGUUACACACUGAGGGUCGUGUGGAAGAUCCUGAGAAGGAGAGUGCAGGUCGUCCAACCGGAUUCACCGAGUAUAAUGGAAGACCCUUGAAAUCACUAAGCAGGUCCAUAACUCCUCCACCACGAUCUUCGCAAACGCAAUCUCUACAUUUGAAACCACAGAAGAAGACAGUCGUUGACAAUAUCUCUGUGGCCAACCGUGAAUCAAAGAUUUGUGAGAAAAACAAGGCUGUGGGCAAUGAUCAACUCCCGACAAUUAUCCCGUCCCCCAUUAAGCUCACUCACAUUCGGGACUUGCCUGCGUCCUCUGGGAAUAAUGUCGACACAGUCAAGCUACGAGACAUCUUGGGGGAUCCGAUGAUCCGUGAAUGUUGGCAAUUUAAUUACCUCUUCGAUGUCGAUUUUUUGAUGAGCCAGUUCGACGAAGAUGUGAGGAACCUCGUGCAGGUCAAGAUUGUGCAUGGAUCCUGGAAAAAGGAAGCUCCAAACCGAAUCGCAGUUGAUGAAGCAUGUGCUCGCUACCCAAACGUAGAGGCUAUAACAGCUUACAUGCCGGAACCCUUCGGGACGCACCAUUCGAAGAUGAUGAUUAUGCUACGACACGACGAUCUUGCACAGGUCGUCAUUCACACUGCGAACAUGAUCCCCGGAGACUGGGCAAACAUGUGUCAGGCUGUCUGGCAAUCCCCGUUGCUGCCUUUGAUGUCGAUCACUCCAGGCACUCAAGGCACUCCUGGCGUUGCAUCCGCAGCGGUUGGCACUGGGGAGAGGUUCAAAAGAGACCUACUAGCAUACCUUGAGGCUUAUGGUGAUAAGAAGACUGGUUCUCUGGUAAAACAGCUCAAAAAAUAUGACUUCAGCGCAAUUCGCGCAGCGUUGGUGGCCAGUGUUCCUUCGAAACAGAGAAUCAACAACAUGGAUUCCAAAAAGGCAGCAUUCUGGGGCUGGCCGGCAUUGAAAGACAUUCUGCGACAGAUACCGCUGGAGCAGACGGAGAGGGUCAGGGAGCCGUCUCGCAAGCCUCAUGUUGUCAUUCAGAUAUCAUCAAUUGCUUCUCUGGGUCAGACUGAUAAAUGGCUGAGGGAAGUUCUGUUUGAUUCCUUGUGCCCAGCGUCGGUUCUGUCUUCUCCUGGCAAUCGCAGUCGUCCCAAAUACUCCAUUAUCUUUCCUACUCCUGAUGAAAUUCGCAGAUCUCUUAAUGGCUACGGCUCUGGUGGUUCGAUUCAUAUGAAAUUACAGAGCGCGACACAGCAGAAACAGCUCCAAUACAUGCGUCCGUAUCUUUGCCAGUGGGCAGGAGACAGGGAAGAUCCCACCGGUGAUCCUAUGCCUACGAGCAGAACGGGCCAGAUACGCGAGACUCCGGCCGAGACUCGCGUACCGAAACAAGAGGCAGGCCGUCGAAGGGCAGCGCCGCACAUCAAGACCUACAUCCGCUUUUCGGACGCGGAGAAGAUGGAUCGCAUCGAUUGGGCAAUGCUGACCUCUGCAAACCUCUCAACACAGGCUUGGGGAGCUGCACCUAACGCGAACGGGGAAGUCCGAAUUUGCAGCUGGGAGAUUGGAGUAAUCGUGUGGCCGCGUCUGUUCGCGAAAGCUAACAACACUCACGUAUCUUGCGGAGACGAUGAGUCUUCAGAUGAUCGUCAAAGGGUUGAGAUGGUACCCUGUUUCAAGAGCGAUCUUCCAAAGUCAGUUGCCUCUGAGGAGAAACAGGAAGGAAGAAGAAAAGACAAAUCUCCUUCCGUUAUUGUUGGCUUUCGAAUGCCUUAUGAUCUGCCAUUGACACCCUACGCUCCAAAUGACAUGCCUUGGUGUGCGACAGCAACCUAUUCGGAGCCUGACUGGCUGGGGCAGACUUGGGAAGGAUAA